CAGCCGCUGCCCGCCCGGUUCCGGGCCCUCUUCACCCUGCGCAACCUGGGCGGCUGCGCAGCCGUGCACUGGAUCAGCCAGGCCUUUGGAGAUGGCUCUGCACUGCUGAAGCACGAGCUGGCUUACUGCCUGGGCCAGAUGCAGGAUGAAGCAGCCAUCCCUGUGCUCAUCCGCGUGCUGGAGGACACCACCCAGGAGCCCAUGGUCAGGCAUGAGGCAGGUGAAGCCCUGGGUGCUCUCGGGAAUCCUGAUGUGCUGGAUAUCCUGAAACGCUAUUCAGAGGAUCCUGUGGUUGAGGUGGCAGAGACAUGUCAGCUAGCAGUGAGGAGGCUGGAGUGGCUGCAGGAGAACAAGCAGGAGCUGGGCACCAGCCCCUACCUUUCUGUGGACCCCGCUCCUCCUGCCGAGGAGACAGACAUCACCAAACUCCGUGAAACCCUCCUGGAUGAGUCGUGCACAUUGUUCGACCGCUACAGGGCCAUGUUUGCCCUGCGAAAUUUGGGGGGCCAGGCUGCUGUGCUGGCGCUGACAGACGGACUCCACUCCAGCAGCGCACUCUUCCGCCAUGAGAUUGGCUAUGUGCUGGGCCAGAUGCAAGAUGAGGCCUGUGUCCCGCAGCUGACAGCUGCACUGUGCAGCCGCACCGAGAGCCCCAUGGUGCGGCACGAGUGCGCCGAGGCCCUGGGCUCCAUCGCCCGUCCCUCCUGCCUGGAGACCCUGCGCGCCUUCAUCCAUGACGAGGAGCGGGUGGUGCGGGAGAGCUGUGAGGUGGCGCUGGACAUGUACGAGUACGAGAACAGCGCCCAGUUCCAAUAUGCUGAUGGGCUCUCUAAGCUGCAGGCCUCCACCUGA